AUGACCACCAAGAACCAGGGACCACGACAUUCCCUGCCUCCCAAGCCAAUGGUCGCAUUCCCCUCUUCUACUGAUGGCAGCCCUCGAGAUCAGAACUCACUGACGGAGCAAUACGCUGCUUCGGCUCGCGAGCGCUUCUGCCCUGACACCUUUGCUCCUGCGCUCAACGCUGUACCUAUGAGGCAGAGAAGCGGGCUCGAUUGGGCUGCGACUCCUCCGUUCCCGACACCGGCGCUGACUACUAGCUCGCUCUCCUCAUCCUCAAUAUAUGGAGAGCGGUCGCCGGUGCUCACACCAGGGACACCCGGAGGUUUCAUGACGCGCAGAACCUUCGACAGUCUCAGCAUGACCAACUUGCCACCUGCGAGGAGCUUUGAUGAUGCGCCGUCACUCUCCUUUGCAGGCUCGAGCAACGCGAUUAAUGGAGAGCACUGCUACACCUCUGAAUCGCUCUCGUACAAUCACUACGAGGAGAACAUCAGCUCGCUAGCUUCCUCCUUCAGUGGACUUACAAUGAUGGAACAGCAGCGAAAGGAGUCUAUCAGGUCCAUGGACGCUGCAGCUCAGUCGUUCGCCUCUUCGAUGACCGAGCCCGAGCCCGCACCGUUGCUCAUUCCGAUGCAGCCUACAGGCGCUGGUGUACCUCUUACUUCGGUGGUCGAGACGCUCUCCUCCAAAGGCUCAAAAGCAGCGGCUGAAGAUCCGGAGACAGUCGCCGCCGCUUACAAGCUCAGCCAGUGGGGUAUCGGCAUUGGCCCGGGUAUCAACCCAAAGAUGGCGACCAGCAGGAACGGCAACCUUGGUCGAGGUCGAAGCACCACAAGCGAGCCUCCUAUCGUCAACACCGGCAACUCUGGACCCAUGUGUGUUCAGCCUGGCGAUUGGAUCUGCACUGCUUGUGGCUUCGUAAACUGGAGACGACGCGAUUUGUGCAUGCGCUGCUACCCUCAAGCAGACGGCAACGAUACCGCAAGGGGCCUUCAAGGUAGUGAUAUGCUGGCAAGGAGGCUCGCAGAAGGCCUUGACACGAACACCGAAGAGUACAGAAAGUCUGUUCAUGCCUUGUGUCCCGAACGUACCAGGCGAGGUUUGCUGGCUUCCCAGCAGCGAACCACAACCCACGAGCUGCCUCGCAAUCCACUUCAAGCUUAUAGCCCGUCGGCAUUCAGCCCUGCCCCUCUACCACAAGCUCAGGUUCAAGCAGCCACUCCUUCGAACUACCUUGGCAUUCAUCUCGGUAACACCUCGCAGCAGCAGCAGCAGUGGCGACAGCAUCUGGAGCGUCAGAGCUCCUUGACUGAUCUGUACGCAGCUGAUAAUAGCCAAGGCCUCCCGCAGGACCCUUACGCUCAGAUGCAGACUCAUGCUCCUCCACAGCAGCAGGAUCAGCACUGCAGUUCUGAAGGGAACAGAGUGAGCAGUCCCUACAAGGCAUACUGCCCUCGGUUCAGCUGGACUCCAACCACUUCGUCGACGGCCGCUGCUCCUUCCCGCGAUACAAACUACGAGCAGCAAAACCACGAGCGUCCCGAUCUGCAGAAGCGCGCAUCAAACUAUUCAGCUCCGCCCAGACUCGAUGUUAGUGCCCGUGCUAGUCUUCAUCGCUCGGCUAUUCAUACCGGUGCCGAUGAGUGGCGACGACAAACCGGAUAUCAAUGUCAGGAACAGCCUCAACCUCAAGCUCAGCAAGACUUCAGUCCCUUGCAAAGCAUGUCGAUAGCUGGGUGGCCUCAGACCACUGGACAGGAGCUGGCUCCAUCUGGCCUGCCAAGAGACAUUUGGGCUCCUGCACCCAAGCGACCGACACUUGUUCUGGCUGAUCCUGAAGUCGUCUCACAAGAAAAGCGAGCCAAGCCGCAACCCAUCGGCACCCGAUCUGGUGCCAACACUGCCAACAAUACCUCCAGCGCCAACAACAAUCACAAUAAUGCUGGCCCUGAGCACAGCUCUUUCACUACUGCUGCUGCUUCUGCUGCUUCGCCCGGAAAGCAAAAUGAUACUCUGGAAUUCGGUGGACGCAAGGAUAACAACAACAAACAAAACAACAAUAACAUCGACUGGAUCUCGGACCCUAUCACUUCUUCCUCUGCUACUGCCACUCCUACUAUUCUCGCUUCUGCCUCUGCUCCGGCUUCGUCCUGA